AUGACAUCACAUGCUCUUACAUGGGCGGAUUGGUUUUGCAAAUACAAAAGUCCCGUAGAAUUGAUCCAGAAUAACCCGUACUUUUUCGCUGCUGAGCUCGUCUUUGGAUUUUUAUGUAUGCUCACAUUUGCUCAUGCCUAUCGUCAUGGCGGUCGGUAUCUAUACACAUGGAUUGCCGUAACUGUACAUGCGUUUGUCAUCGAAACACUAGCUAUCUCUGUACCAGAAUUGAAUCUUUAUUGGCAUGCACAGGGUAUGUUGAGCUUUUUUGGAAUGAGAGUUCCUCUCUAUGCCCUUUUUGGAUUUCACCAAAUGUUUCUCUACACAUCCUAUGUCCUUGUUAGCAGAAUGUUCUGGACUCCAUGGAGCUCUUUAUACUUUUAUGCCGCAUGUGCUUGUUCUUUUGUAUGGAUGCUCCGACUAACUAGACGCUUGUUGCUUGAAAAGGAGUAUGACUGGAUGAAAUUCCCAAAGGAGUUGACAUGCUCCUUUCUAACUGGAGUACUGUCGUACUGGCUAGGAACCGCACAUGUUACUCGUGAUAUAACCUUUAAUGCUGUUGAUUCUCGAAAUAAUCGCCAGUACAGUUUCAUUUUUGAACGCAGUCUCACCGAGUGGUGA